UCCUGUCGUUUUGUGUUUCGUUAGCAACGAGGCCUACAAGUAGAGUGUGGUGGCUAUUUACUGAGUGCUCAUUUGUAACAUUUCCAUCAAUUUACACCGGGCGAGUACAGAGGAUACCGACUUCGACACCUUUUGUUGGGUUUGUACAACGGGUUAACUACACCAUAUUGUCCUCCAGACUCCUGAGUUAAUUUUGGAGUAGCUGUCAAAAUGGCCACCCAACUUCGGCCCACAACUCGCUACCAGCCCCCAGAUUGGUUCACAAGCAACUACACCAUAUCCACCAAUGCCGAGCGACAGAGGGAUGCUUCACACCAAGUCAGACAAGAAGGCAGAUUUUUGAGAAAUGAAACAGACAAUCAAACCAAAUGGGAUCAGCAUUCAAAUAAUGUCCGUCUUGCAGAUAGAGUAGAUAAUAUCAGGAAGUGGAAAGAAAUUCUGGAGAAGACUCUAGCUGACACAGACAGGGAAAUAGCCGACCUCACUGAAUCCAAGGAACAGACAGAGCAAGCACUGGAGGCGAAGAACUUGCCGUUGGAUGUAGCCAUCGAGUGUCUGACUCUGAGGGAGGGCAGGCAAGCCAUUGAUGUGGUCCAGGAUGAACCAGAGGCUCAGCUGCACAAGGAAGUUGAGGUGAUUGAGGGAAUCAAGAAACAGCUGCAGCAGCGAGUGGAUGAGUCUUUUGAGCAGCUGUGUCUGCUGCAGGAAGCCCGCCAACAGCUGCAGGCUGACCUCCAGGACAAGAACAUUGCUCUGGGCAUUGACAUUGACCAAUACAACCUCACUGACCGCUCCCCCAACAUCAGCUACAAGCCAGACUCACUCAGAGUGCCCAAGGGGAGCACCACCCCCCAGCAGUGGGAAGACUUCAGUCGGUACAACAAAGAACGGGCGGAGGCUGAGAUGAAGGCAUCCACCAGACUACGAGAGGCAAUCCAUCACACCCUCCAGCAGACCGCCAAUGACUUGGAGGCUCAGAGAAUUGCAUCGGAAUACGCUUUCAGGAAGAGGAUCCAUGAGUUCGAGAGAGCCAAGGAUGAACUGGAGUGGCAGAAGAAGAAUACUGAGGAGGAAAUUGCUGAUAUGGAGAAUGACAUUCGUGGCCUGGAAGAAUCCAUCCGUGCCAAGAUCAACCCGAUGAAACUGGCCCAAACACGUCUUGAGAACCGAACAUACCGACCCAACGUGGAACUGUGUCGGGAUGCUCCCCAGUACGGGCUGACCGAUGAGGUCAAGCAGCUCGAGGCCACCAAGCGGGCACUGGAAGAGAAAUGCAACCAGGCAAAACACGCUCUGGACGGCCUUGAGAAGAACCUCCAUCGCAUCAAUGAUGACCUCGCGCUGAAGAACAACUCGCUGAUGCUGGACAACCGUUGCAUGAAUGUGCGGCAGAAGCUCCAGGCACGCCCCCAGAGCACUAUCGAGAGGAAUCUCACACUCACCGGCAUGGAACGACAGAGGUCCACCGUUCUUGCUUAACCAGGAACAUCACAAAUAAAUCAUUUAACUAAGAUUCUCAUGUCAGCUGUGCAAAUGCUAAUUUUAUAUCAACACGUCAAAUAUAGAUCUCAAAUCAAGUCCAAUAUUUUAUCACAAGACACGUUAAAUUGUUCACUGUUGUAUAUUUUAUGUUAAGUUGAUGUACUGAAUUAUUAACUGUUCUGUUUUAUUCCUAAAGAAUUUAAGAACUUGCAUCUAAGCGAGCAGGUUAGGAUACUGGAGGCUGUGGACAAUUGUAUCGUGUUAAUGAAAUUUAUUGGUGUUAUAGGAUUACUGCAUCAGUAUUCAACUGUUUUCUUCCUGUUGUUGUGUUUCCCACAAAUAUCUACCUUGUUGUAAAUACACUCCGUCUGCAAUGUGUGUUUCAGUUACAAUAUUACAUAGAAUGAUAAUAACUUGGGCUGCUGCUACUAGAACCUUUAUUUCAGCUUAUCAGUACUGGCCAUAUAUAUAUCAGAACCAAACACUUAAUUUGUCAUGGAUGUGUAAAUACAAGAACAAAAGAAAAUAAAUGUGCUUCAGAUGUA